AUGGCGCAAAAAAGAGUAUUGGUCGUUGCAGGAUCGGAUAGUUCUGGUGGAGCGGGCCUCGAGGCGGACCAGAAGACAUUGGCUGCACAUGGAUGUUAUGCAAUGACAGCGACGGCUGCACUUACAGCGCAGAACACCCAGGGUGUAUUUGACGUCCAUCAUGUGCCGUCCAAGUUUGUGCGCAAGCAGAUAGACCUUUGCUUCGACGAUGUUGGUGUCGAUGUGGUCAAGACGGGAAUGCUCGCCGUUGCGGAGACGAUAAAAGAGCUCGCUGAGGCGCUGACAAGCCGAAACUUUGACGGGAAGCUCGUCGUUGAUCCCGUCAUGGUUGCAACAACAGGCGCGAAGCUGCUCCCCGUGGAGGCCGUUACCGAGCUUGUAAAACACCUGAUACCGCUGACCACCGUGCUCACCCCGAACAUCCCAGAGGCACGCCUGCUUUUGACCACGGCAGGGUUCGACCAGCCGGUCAUCAAGAGCGUGACGGACCUUGAAACCAUUGGCCGCAAACUACUCACCCUGGGACCCCAGUGGAUCUUGGUCAAGGGAGGCCACUCGCCCCUGCGCCAGGACUACAGUGUCGCCGAGAAGCCCGAAGAGCGCCAGGUCAUGGUGGACGUGCUCAUGGGUCCCGAUAGCCAGGUCUUCAGGAUCGAGUCUGGAUUCCAGGAUUCCAAGAACACGCAUGGAACCGGGUGCACACUGGCGUCUGCCAUUGCGGCAAACCUAUCCACCGGCAUGGAUGUACCCGGGGCAGUCAAAGCGGCUUGCAGAUAUGUCCAAGCUGCUCUCAAGGCAGCUCCUGGGUUGGGACAGGGUAACGGACCGCUGGGGCACUUUCAUUCACUGUCUAUACGUCCGUUUGCGCCGGGCAACUUUAUCGAAUACGUCUUGGACCGACCUGAUGUUGCGCCAAUUUGGGAGCGGUACACCAAGCAUCCGUUCGUUAUGGGCCUUGGUGAUGGGACCUUGCCGCUGUCCUCCUUCAAGUCCUAUCUCGUUCAGGACUAUCUCUACUUGAUACAGUUUGCAAGGGCAAACGCUCUUGCCUCGUACAAGUCCAAGAACCUGGCAGACAUAUCUGCUGCUGCAGCCAUAGUGUUGCACAUCGAUAGAGAGACACAGCUGCAUUUGGAUUACUGCAAGGGGUUCGGGCUCACAAAGGAGGAGAUGGAACAAACCGAAGAGCAUGUUGCUUGCACGGCGUAUAGCAGAUAUGUUUUGGAUGUCGGACAGUCAUCAGACUAUGUGGCACUGCAAAUGGCUCUUGCGCCUUGCCUAUUGGGAUAUGGUGUCAUCGCAAAACAUCUCCAUGCCGACCCGAAAUCCAAGAAGGAUGGAAGCCCGUACUGGACCUGGAUCCAGAACUAUGUGGCCGACGACUAUGUGCAGGCCGUCAAGACAGGCUCCGAAUUGUUGGAACGCCAUGCGAUGCUCCAGUCGCCGUCCAGAAUCAAUGAGCUUGUGGAAGUGUUUAAGCAUGCCACCAAGCGCCAUCAAUAUCCAGUCCGUGUCAUCACAGUUCUAGUCGAGAUGUCUUACGGUGGCGGUGGCUACGGCGGCCGGAACGGUGGUGGUUACGGUGGUGGCCGCGAUGGUGGUUACUCGAACGGACACGGCUCAUAUGGCGGUGGCUCCAACGGCUACGGCGGCGGCGGUGGUGGUGGCUAUGGAGGAGGUGGUUACGGCGGCGGCGGCGGCUUCGGAGGAGGUGGUGACCGCAUGUCUAACCUAGGCUCAGGUCUGCAGAAGCAGGACUGGGAUAUCAGCGCCCUCCCCAAGUUCGAGAAGCACUUCUACAAGGAGCACCCCGAUGUCACCAACAGGUCGCAGGCGGAGGUUGACAAGUUUCGUCGCGAGCACUCGAUGGCCGUGCAGGGUAGUGAUGUGCCCAAGCCUGUCGAGACGUUCGACGAGGCCGGCUUCCCGCGCUACGUGAUGGACGAGGUCAAGGCACAGGGCUUCCCUGCACCGACUGCCAUUCAGUCUCAGGGCUGGCCCAUGGCUUUGAGUGGUCGUGAUGUCGUUGGUAUCGCUGAGACGGGAUCGGGCAAGACUCUUACGUACUGUCUUCCCGCUAUCGUGCACAUCAACGCUCAGCCGCUCCUUGCACCCGGUGACGGACCGAUCGUCCUGAUUCUUGCCCCAACUCGAGAGCUCGCCGUUCAGAUCCAGGCUGAAAUCAGCAAGUUCGGAAAGUCGUCGCGCAUUAGAAACACGUGCGUCUACGGUGGUGUGCCCAAGGGUCCCCAAAUCCGUGACUUGUCUCGUGGCGUCGAGGUCUGCAUCGCAACCCCCGGUCGUCUCAUUGACAUGCUCGAGUCCGGCAAGACCAACCUUCGCCGUGUCACAUACCUCGUCCUCGACGAGGCUGAUCGCAUGCUUGACAUGGGUUUCGAGCCCCAGAUCCGCAAGAUCAUUGGCCAGAUCCGACCUGAUCGUCAGACUCUGAUGUGGUCGGCUACUUGGCCCAAGGAGGUGCGCAACAUGGCAGCCGACUUCCUGCAAGACUUUAUCCAGGUCAACAUUGGUUCUCUGGAUCUUUCGGCAAACCACCGCAUCACCCAGAUUGUGGAGGUUGUUUCCGAGUCGGAGAAGCGUGAUCGCAUGAUCAGGCACAUGGAGAAGAUUAUGGAUGGAAAGGACAGCAAGAACAAGAUCCUCAUCUUUGUUGGCACAAAGCGUGUUGCAGACGAAAUCACUAGGUUUUUGCGACAGGAUGGUUGGCCCGCGCUUUCAAUCCAUGGCGACAAGCAGCAGAACGAGCGUGACUGGGUCCUCGACCAGUUCAAGACGGGCAAGAGCCCCAUCAUGGUCGCCACCGACGUUGCGUCGCGUGGUAUUGACGUGCGCAACAUUACUCAUGUGCUCAACUAUGACUACCCUAACAAUUCGGAGGACUACAUCCACCGUAUUGGUCGUACAGGCCGUGCUGGUGCGAAGGGAACUGCAAUUACCUUCUUCACCACUGAGAACUCUAAGCAGGCUCGUGAUCUUCUAGGAGUCCUUCAAGAGGCCAAACAAGAGAUCGAUCCUCGCCUUGCAGAGAUGGCCAGGUACGGCGGCGGCGGUGGCGGCGGUAGGUACGGCGGAUACCGCGGCCGCGGCGGUCGCCACCAUGGCGGUGGUGGCCGUGGUGCCAACGACCUGCCCAUGGGAGGUAACCGACGCUGGUAG